AUGGGUCGCGAAGAUGGAGAAGCUAGUCCCAAGCGGCGCCGGUUGGACUUUAAUCCUUUAAAAUCUGAUGAUCGUUUCACAGUACCUGGUCGACCUUCUCCUUCCCGCGGCAGUAGCAGACCUCCCUCGAAAUUUCAAAGCCGAUCAAGCAAUGGCUCGGCGAUGCCACGAUACACUCCUUCGGCCCGGUCUGUCCCUAAGCAGAAUGAAUUUGAUGGUCCAGAGCCACUUGUCGAUGAGGAGGAUUCGAAAGCUCUAGAUAGAGAUUGGUAUGCGGGUGAUGAGAUGGGACACACCUUUGGAGAUGAUUCGCAUAACCCAUUCGGCUCCUAUGACAAUUCGUGGGCAGAACAGCAACGAGAAGCAGCUUUGGUCGAAAAGAAAACAGGAAAGCGCCAAAGCGCCCGCGCUCACCAAAAACAAAAAGAUGUUGAUGCAUGGGAGACAAAUCGGAUGCUUACCUCUGGUGUUGCACAGCGAAGAGACUUUGGCGAUGACUUUGAGGAUGACGAAGAGGCUACUAGAGUGCAUCUACUCGUACAUGAUCUGAAACCUCCGUUCUUAGAUGGAAGAACGGUCUUCUCAAAACAAUUGGAGCCUGUGCCUGCGGUGCGCGAUUUUCAGAGCGAUAUGGCAGUAUUUAGCAGGAAGGGAAGUAAAGUGGUAAAGGAGAGGCGACAGCAGAAAGAAAGACAAAAGCAGGCUCAAGAAGCAACUAAUAUGGCUGGUACGGCCCUUGGGAAUCUUAUGGGGAUAAAAGAAGAAGAAGGCGAUAGCGCGGCCCCAAUGUUGGGCGAGGAAGAACCCCAAGGAAGUAGUAAAUUUGCGCAACAUAUGAAGAAGAACGACGGCGCUAGCAACUUUAGUCAGAGCAAGUCUUUAAGAGAACAGAGGGAAUAUCUUCCCGCAUUUGCCGUGCGAGAAGAUCUUCUCAGGGUCAUACGAGAUAACCAGGUCGUAAUCUGUGUUGGUGAGACUGGAUCCGGUAAAACUACCCAACUCACUCAAUUUCUCUACGAAGAGGGCUAUGGAAAUACGGGUCUGAUAGGAUGCACGCAACCCCGAAGAGUGGCGGCCAUGUCCGUAGCGAAGCGUGUUAGUGAGGAGAUGGAAUGCAAAUUAGGAGGCACUGUCGGUUAUGCUAUUCGAUUUGAGGACUGUACGAGCAAGGAAACAGUGAUAAAGUAUAUGACAGAUGGUGUCUUGCUAAGAGAAUCACUAAACGAGCCAGAUUUGGAUCGUUAUUCCUGCGUUAUCAUGGAUGAAGCUCACGAGCGGGCGCUCAAUACAGAUGUCCUUAUGGGCUUAUUCAAAAAGGUUCUUGCACGUCGUAGAGAUCUCAAGCUGAUAGUGACAUCCGCAACGAUGAACUCUAAAAGAUUUUCAGAUUUCUAUGGCGGAGCUCCCGAAUUUUUCAUUCCCGGACGUACUUUCCCAGUCGAUAUUAUGUAUCACCGCUCACCCGUGGAAGACUAUGUGGAUCAGGCAGUUCAGCAAGUAUUAGCUAUUCAUGUAUCCCAGGGUGCAGGUGAUAUAUUAGUGUUUAUGACGGGACAAGAAGAUAUUGAAUGUACUUGUGAGCUUAUCCAGGAACGUCUCAAUGCUCUCAACGAUCCACCGAAGCUUAGCAUUCUACCCAUUUACAGUCAAAUGCCUGCAGAUUUGCAAGCCAAAAUCUUCGACAGAGCUGCACCUGGUGUUAGAAAGGUCAUCGUAGCGACAAACAUCGCUGAAACUAGUUUGACUGUUGAUGGUAUUAUGUAUGUUGUGGAUGCUGGAUAUUCGAAGUUAAAGGUAUACAACCCGCGUAUGGGAAUGGAUACUUUGCAAAUUACGCCGAUUUCACAAGCAAAUGCAUCUCAGCGUGCUGGUCGUGCGGGUCGUACCGGUCCAGGAAAAGCUUUUCAUCUCUUUACUGAAGCUGCUUUCAAGGAUGAACUUUAUAUUCAAACCAUUCCCGAGAUCCAACGUACAAACCUCAGCAAUACUGUUCUAUUGUUGAAGUCAUUGGGAGUGAAAGACUUACUUGAUUUUGAUUUCAUGGACCCUCCACCUCAGGAUACUAUCACAACCUCUUUAUUCGACCUCUGGGCGCUCGGGGCACUUGACAACAUUGGGGAACUGACGGAUAUAGGAAGGAAAAUGACGGCCUUCCCUAUGGACCCUUCCCUAGCCAAAUUACUAAUCACUUCUGAAGAAUACGGCUGUAGCGAGGAAAUGCUCACCAUAGUUUCCAUGCUCUCCGUCCCCAGUGUCUUUUAUCGUCCAAAAGAACGUCAAGAUGAAUCAGACGCCGCACGCGAAAAGUUCUUUGUCCCCGAAUCAGAUCAUCUGACUUAUCUGCACGUCUAUUCGCAAUGGAAAUCCAAUGGGUAUUCGGAUGCUUGGUGUACACGUCAUUUCCUCCAUCCAAAAUCCCUUCGUCGAGCAAAGGAGAUUAGGGAACAGUUGUUAGAUAUCAUGAAAAUGCAGCGCAUGAACAUGGUCUCUUGCGGCACCGACUGGGACGUUAUACGGAAAUGCAUAUGUUCGGGUUACUACCACCAAGCAGCAAAAGUCAAAGGAAUAGGAGAAUAUGUUAAUUUACGCACUUCAGUCACAGUACAGUUACAUCCUACAUCGGCUCUUUAUGGACUUGGAUAUCUACCUGAUUAUGUUGUUUAUCACGAGUUAAUUCUCACAUCAAAAGAGUACAUGUCGACUGUCACAUCUGUGGAUCCACAUUGGUUGGCGGAAUUAGGCGGUGUGUUCUUUAGUGUGAAAGAGAAGGGAUAUAGUGCGAAGGAGAAAAGGGUUACCGAAGUCGAAUUCAAUAGAAAGAUGGAGAUCGAGGCCAAGAUGGCUGAAGAUAAAUUGAGAGAGGAAAAGCGAAUAGAGGCAGAGAACAAUAAGCUGGCGAGGAAACCGAUGGCCAUCACCGAUGGAAGCGGUCCGGUAGUCAAAAAAGUCGCUGCAAAGGGUGCUGUGAGGAGGCCUGUGGCGAGAAGACCGGGAAGGGGGUUUUGA